AUGAAGAGACUCACACAGCACGCCGACAGUGUCAUCGUCCUCGACAAUGGCGCCCUGUCACGCAUUGCAGCAGACACUCUGCACGUCCAAGCACCUUCGUUCCAACAAACCAACCAACUCGUCAGCACCGUCAUGAGUGCCUCGACAACAACUUUGCGCUACCCUGGCUACAUGCACAACGACCUCGUCGGCAUCGUCGCAUCUCUGAUCCCCACGCCCCGCUGCCACUUCCUGCAGACCAGCUACACCCCCUUCACAGGCGAGAACGUCGAAGCCGCAAAGACUGUCCGCAGAACCACUGUACUCGAAGUCAUGCGCAGACUGCUGCAGCCGAAGAACAGGAUGGUCAGCUCCAACCCUUCCAAGAACAGCUGCUACAUCAGUAUCCUGAACAUCAUCAUGGGCGAAGCAGACCCCACUGAUGUGAGUUACCAUCCUCCUGCCGAAUGUCUCCAACAGACGCUGAUAGCAACUCUUUACAGNGUUCACAAAUCUCUCCUUCGUAUCCGCGAACGCCGCCUCGCUACCUUCAUCCCAUGGGGCCCGGCCUCGAUUCAAGUCGCUCUCACCCGCACCUCUCCCUACACUACCGGCCCGCACACUCCUCGCGUCUCCGGCCUGAUGUUAGCAAACCACACGGGCAUUGCGACUUUAUUCAAGCGCAUCGUCUUCCAAUACGAUCGCCUCCGUAAGCGCAACGCCUUCCUGGAACAAUACAAAAGGGAAGAUGCAUUCAGAGAUGGUCUUGGAGAGUUCGACGAUGCAAGAGAAGUAGUCAUGGAUCUGGUGCGAGAGUAUGAGGAUGCUGAGAAGGAAACUUAUCUCAGUGGACCCACUGCUGCGCCAGAGUCCGAGGACAAAGAUGGCAGGACUGAUGGCAUCAGGUAA